AUGGUGCAAUGCCAAAUUUGUGAGGAUUGGUUUCAUCCUUCGCAUGCUAUUUCUGACGUUACUGAACGCUUGAAACUUGAUAGAGAAAGGGAGGAGGAAGAAGAUGGGGGCUUUUGUUUGAUUUGUUCUCUCUGCAUUCAAAAACUUCCAUGGCUUAUUUAUUAUUCAAAUAAAAUUGAAGGAAGCGAACAACAAAAUUGUUGCAAAUUAGAAUUAUUAAAGAAUUGUUCAGAUGGAAUAAAUAAAGGAAAUGAUGGAAUUUGUUUUCCAAUUAAUUGGCGUGAUCAGCUUUGCCGUUGUAAAGAAUGCAAGGUUUUAUAUGAAGACUCGGAUUGCCAAUACCUUUUGGAAGUUGAAGAUACUUUGGAAUAUUUUGAAAAACAAAAUCGUGAACAAAUGGCUGCUAAAUCAAAUUCUCAAGAUGAUAAAAACAAAAAGAGGAAACAGGUGGAAGAUACACAAUUGCAAAGAGAAUUGGCUUUAAAAAUGACUACAGGAAUUGAACAAAUGAAGCGUCAUUGUAUUGCCUUUUUCUCACAACGUUCAGCAAGCAAACGUAACGGUGAAACAGUUAUUACUAAAGAAGAUGUUGCUGAUUGUUUUCACGAAUUGAUGGUUAAAAGACAAAAACUUAUGGAGGACGAGGAAGAAAUGGAUGCAAAAAAAUUUUCUUGGACGGAGUGA